CUUCUGUCAACUUCUGGAAACAAAAGCUUUGUGCAUUAAUUGGGACGGUUUCAGCAGCUAUUGAACUCGAACUGUAACGCCUCGAGAAUCGUCACAAGUUCGUGAUCACCGUUAGGUAUAUUGGUCUGAGGGUGAGAAGAUCAGAUGGCAGCACUGGCGCGGCUUGCGGAGGAGCGCAAGAUGUGGCGCAAGGACCAUCCGCCAGGCAUGGUUGCGAAGCCUACGACGAAACCCGACGGCAGCACCGACAUGUUCCAAUGGGAGUGCAAGAUCCCAGGCAUUAAGGGCACCUUCUGCGAAGGAGGGCUAUUCCCCUGCACCAUCCGCUUCUCUCCCGAGCACCCGCACAAGCCGCCGCUGGUCUUCAUGCCGCGGGGCUUCCUGCACGUUAACGUGUUCGAGAACGGAGGCGUCUGCUUGUCCAUCCUCAAGGAGGUUGUCCCCGGGCACCUGGGAGAGGUAUCCGGCUGGCGGCCCAACUUCACGGUCAAGACGAUUCUGGUUGCGGUUCAGGAGCUUCUGAGCAACCCCAAUUUCGGCAGCAUCGCAAACGAUGCGGCUUACCACCUCAACAAGCGCAGCCCCAAGGAGUAUGUGCAGCGCAUGAAGGAGCAAACGCUCAAGUACGCGCCCAAGGACGAGGACGACGAGUGACGACGGCGGGUGCCGUACACCAGGGCUGCCGUACGGUUGUACCCCGCUUGGUGGUCUGCAACUUGGACUCGUAAUUACGAGCUGAGCUGUAAUUAGCAUUGUAGAUGAUGUUAUGUGUACAUUCUCAUGCGAGCCUGUUAACCGCGACUCUUGGACGCAUUCUUGCUUUGUAGUAGGGAGGAUGGGCUCAGGCUGGUAGGCUGCGUAGUAUUUCAUGUGAUUGUAUUAUCCAGGAUGUGCAGCAGCUUGCAAGAGAUACUGACGUAGUUACUUCGUAAGGUUCGAGGAGGGCGGCUAAUGUACGGGAGGUGCAAAGGGAACAUGGUGGGUUUCGCCGACGCCGGACUGCACUGUCUUUCCACAAGGUAGGCUAGGCGGUCAUGGCAACUGCAACUGCCACUAGCACGAUUGGCGAAUUGGUGUCUCCAGGACUGGACUCUGACAAUAGCGGACAUGGGGACAGCC